AUGAGAGUUUGCGGGUGCAAGCUCGUGCCAGUGGCGCGACUACCGUACGACUCAGAAAAUGUUUGCGCGGCCGCCAUGGCGCGACGCACCGCGUGGAGAACCCGCCGACGCCGCACUGCAGUCUCUCCCCUCCGCGGCUACAUUCGGCGCCUCAUAUUCUCCCUCAUCCUCGCCGCUCUCCUCCUCUGCGCGGCCCUGCCCCGCGUCGUGCUCGCCUGCGACGCGAUCCAAGCCGAGCCAUUGCCUUCGCUCGCCGCUCACCUCUCCGCCCCGCCAUCGCCAAUCAGCCACGGCGCGGAGUUUCGGGAGUUACCUCCGGCACGUGUCGCCGGCGGUGGGGUCCGGGGCGACGAGAGCGAGCAGGGUGAUAGCGAGCGGCGAGCUACACGACACGGCGCGUCGUUGCUGCUGCUGCCGGGGCAGGAAGGGCUGGGGCAGGAAGAAACGAGCGACUGGGGGAGGGCAGUCGUCGCGCGGGCAAGAAUGGGAGACGCAGCGGCAGCAGCGGCAGAGGGGUCAGCGGCAGCGACGGCAGUGUCCGUUCCAGCGGAGCCGUCAACGGCGCACUGUUACUGCCCUAGCGACGACUGGGACGACACUGGCGAAAACUGGCACGACACGCGCGACGACUGGCAGCACAACGCGGAGGCAUGGGCAGCGGAGGACGCGCGUGGGGCUGGGAUGGGUGAGUCAGGCCGCGGCAGCGAUGCGGGCGUCGUAGCGCGAGGAGAGGGCGACAGCGCAGGGCCGGCAGCAGGGGCGCUACGGCUGCCUAACGAGAGCGCGCGGCCGCUCGGCGUGCGGAUGGUGGUCGAGGCGGGCGGCAGGCAUGGCAGCGACAGCAACGCGGGUGAGGAACGGCGCAGCGACGGGCUAGACAGGGGGGGUCUGCACCCGCGCCGAGGGGCGGGUGAACCGGAGACGGCAGGAGCGAUGGCAGUGUGCGACGGGAUGCGCGGGUGUGCGGCCGGAGCGGAACAAGCAGUGGGUUUGCUCUUGCCCACGUCGCAGGUCACGCACCCCGGGACCGUUCACUCAGAGCGCCCUCAUGCGCUUCUACUCAGUGCGCAGUCCGAUCAAGGGGCCUCUGCGCUUAUCCAGAGCGUCGCCUCUCCAGCCCUCCCCGCGUAUAGCAUCCUAACGGCGCCGCCGGCCAGUGCGCGCGUCAGCGGGAAGGGGAUAAGGAAGCAUGUGAGGAGCGAGCAGCGGCGCCUGCUCGCGCUCUACGCGCGCCACAUGUCCGGACCUGGCCGCUGGGUCGGGCCUCUACCGGACGUUCCAAACGGCGGGUCCUGGGUCUUUGCGCCGCUGCGCUCCCCCCUGCACGUGCGCUCCUUGGCGCAGAUUCCCCGCAGCUUCCCCCUGUUCGACGCGGAAGCCGCCUGCCGGCUGUCUCUCGUGGUCACCGACGCGGACUCCUUCCGCCGAUGGCUGCCCGAAUCGCCGCCGAACGCCACUGGCGCAACCACCGUGGCGGACGACGAGCAGCCACGGAAUUCAAGUUCGCGCGCGCUCUCCGUUCCUCCCGCGCCUCCUGCGCCUCACGCGCCCCCGCAGCCGCCACCCGCGCAUGCAGUGGGCGGAAGGCGGAGCGACGCUGCGCCGCUGGUGGUGCUGAGCACGAGCACUUUCUCCACUGGCGCGGGCGCGGGGGGGAUCGCGGGGAAGCAGGGCACCGUGGUGCAGCUGUGGGCGGAAAGAGACGACCACGAGGGGGGAGGGCAGGCGGACCUGGGGCUUGAACUGGGGUUGAGACCGGGGCUGGGACUGGGGUCGGGAGGGGAAGGGCAGCGCGCGGAGCAAGGGGCGGAGGCGGGUGCUUGGGGGGCGGGGAGCGGGGAGAGGAGGAGCUUGCUGGCAGCUGACGUCUGCAGAGGCUUGGGGGGCUGGCGAGACCAGGGGGAUGACGAGGCGAGUGGAGGGCUGGUAGGGUCUGGGAGUGGGGAAGAUCUGGGAAGAGAGAGCGGGGCGGAAGGCGGGGAGGCGGAUGCGGGCGCGGGCGUGGGUAGUGAGGGGCGGGAGUGGGUGUUACGGUGGACGAUGUGGAACGUGCAUGGCACGGAUGGCGCUACGGAUGACUGGGCGCCGGGGGACGACAGACUGGCCGCUGAUUGGCCGGCGCUGGACGCAGGCGAGGCGGCGAGGCUGGAUGCGCUGAUUGCGACGCAGCUGGGCAGGGAAGGAGGGGCAGUUGGGGGGGAAAGGGGAGCGGGAGGGGAACGGAGACAGUUGAAGGAUGCGCAUGGGGGCGAGAUGGCGAUAGCGAGUGAGUUCAAGGCUGGGGUUGACGCGGAGAGGGGUAGGCGACUCAUGGAGGGAGAAGCAGGGGUGUCCUUGCAUGCCAACGCGCAAGGGGCUGGCUCACAGGCCGGCGAGCUAGCCUCCUCCUCUAAAAUGCACACGGACACUGGUGGUGCCGUGGUGACGACUCAUCGUGCACCACCACCUGGUACCGCUUUGCAAACCCCUCCGCCGCGGACGAGCCAGCGGUCGUUGGACGUGAAGGUGGCCAAGGAGGAGAUCGAGGCGGCGAUCGCGGCAGCACUGGCAGCGGCGCACGAGCAGCGCGUGCUACUGGCGCUCAACAUCUUUGCGCCCGUCGUGCGCGUCGUCGCCCCCCACAUGCCCCCCAUCACGCUCGUAGAGCGCCUCGCCAAGGCGCGCUCGCUGCACCCGCUGCUCGCGCACCUGCUGCGCCUAGACGUGCGGAUACACGAGGUGGAGCUGGUGGUGCGCACGGAACCCGCGCCUCCGCCUCCGCCCGCGAGCGGAGUGCGCGGGAGCAACCUGUCCGCGCUCACGCGGGGGCAUUUCGAUGUGUGGAGCGUGGGGAGCGGGAAGCAGCUGGCGGCAGGGAAGGUGCUGCAGCAGUGGGACGCUUAUGAUGUCAUGAAUGUCACGUCUGGGGAUGUAGGCCGUGACUGGCGCUUCUCCUCUUUAGCGUAUAACUUUGAGCCUGUUAAGCCUCCGCGACCGCCGCCCCCGCCCUCCCCGCCGGCCCCCCCUCCGCCCCCGUCCCCUCCGCCGUUUCCCCCGCCUGCGCCCUCGCCCCCUCCGCCGUCCCCUCCGCCUCCCGCCCCUCCGCCCCCUCCUUCGCCCCCGCCUUCGCCUCCGCCGCCCAGCCCGCCUCCCCAGCCGCCGCCCCCUAGCCCGCCGCCUUCUCCUCCCCCUCCGCCCCAGCCCCCACCGUCACCCCCACCAUCUCCGCCACCCUCGCCCCCACCAAACCCUCCGCCCCCACCACUGCCCCCCUCUCCGCCCCCUCCUUCUCCCCCUCCCUCACCGCCUCCGCCUUUUCCGCCUCCUCCUUCCCCUCCGCCCAGCCCCCCUCCCUCCCCGCCCCCACCUUCGCCCCCACCUCCGCCAUCUCCACCGCCCCCCUUCCCCCCUCCGUCGCCUCCCCCGCCCUCACCUCCUCCCCCAAGCCCUCCCCACCCACCUCCCUCCCCUCCCCCAUCUCCCCCGUCCCCGCCUCCGUUCCCCCCUCCCUCACCUCCUCCCUCACCUCCUCCCUCUCCCCCUCCCCCUUCCCCUCCCCCUCCUCGCCCUCCUUCCCCGCCUCCUCACCCACCACCCCCGAACCCUCCCCCCUCUCCACCCCCGCCGUCCCCACCUCCACCGUCCCCCCCACCGCCCCCUUCCCCCCCUCCCCCUCUCGCGCCCCUCUCCCCCGCAGACGCGCGCCUGGGAAUCAUCCAAUCCCUGGGCGAGUGGCAGAGGGCAAUAGCAGCGCAGCAGCUCACGGCAGCAGCCGAAAUCUUCUCCCCCACGUGCCUCCUCCUCGCGCCCACCCUCCCACUCCUCACCCUCACCUCCCUCUCCGACCGACUCUCUGCACUCCAGCUAUUACCACCAGGGUGCGGCACAGAGCAGCUAUUUGCAGCGGUGCUGGCGGUGGGGGUGUUUAACGGGGUGGGGGAUGACAGCGACCAGGGCGGGGCGUAUCUGGUGCUGAGCACGGGUGUGUUCAGCUUCUCUGCGCCUGAUGGUGCAGUGCUGGAGUCUGCUAAUGCUGUUGCGCUCUGGGAAAGGGGAUGGUAUGCAUCAGGCAGCGCACAUCAGGCAGCUGUUUCAGGAAGAGGUGAACCGUCGGCGGCUGCAGGAGCAGGGGCAGGGGCAACAGACGCAGCAGGAGGGGCAGCAGCAGCAGCAGCAGCAGCAGCAGCAGCAGUGGUGGUGGCGGCCCCAGGGGGCGAGUCAGAACGGCCAGCUGUGCCGUCUGUUGCACGAGCAGUGGCAGCACCACCUAUCCCUGCUGCGGCCUCCCUUGAACCACGCGCGCCGCCACAGCCUGUGCUUCCACUGGUGCUUCCGCAGGUGGCGCGGGAGGGAGGUGCAGGGCUGUGGAGUCAGGCAGUGGGGAAGGGCGUGCUGCUGCAAGGGACGACGAGGGGGGAAUACGCAGCGGCGCAAGAAGAGCAGGAGGCACGGGCACAGGCGCACGGGCUGGCGGACAGGGGGGAGGGGUCGAGGGGAGGGCUGAUGCUGGUGGGUGAGAGCAGGCAGCUUGCAGAGGGGAUGGGUGUGAGGAGACGCGUGCAGCUGGAAAUGGGCAUGGCAGGGCAGGGAGAGCUGGAGGUAGGGUGGGGAGUAAGGGUGGAGGAAGGAAGAAGGGACGGAGGGCACAGGGCGGGGGCUUGGGGCAAGGAGCGGGGGGAGAUGCUGAUAGAGCAGGUGGAUGGUGUGUGCUGGGUGCACGCACAGCAGCGGGGCGCGCAGGGGGAUCCGCAGCAGCAGGGGCGAGGGGAGGCGGCCGGGGGCGAUCAGUCGCAGCAGGAAGGAUGCUGGUUUGGAAACAGUAGGGGGAGCAGGACAAGGAGGCUUCAUGCAUGCAAGCAUCAGCAGGCUUCACAGAACUGCUUCCGAAGCCGGUACCACACCGCCAUGGCCCCUCAUGCAUGGCACAGCAAGCACCGCUGCUGCCUCUCUCCCCGCUGCUCCCUUCCCCACCUCUCCCCCACCAUCUCCCCACACCAAGCCACCGUCUUCCCCAAACACCAAGCCACCGGUUCCCCCAGCCGCCCCCCGGUCGCCGCUGGAAGCCAACGCAUCGGCCAUCAGGGGGGAGAUUGCUCUCUCGCUGCACUGCUGGCGGCAGCACGUGCAGGGGGGGAUGAGCAGCGUGCUGCUGCCAUCUUCGCCCCAGUCACCUCCGUCACUGCUCCCGGCCACGACCCCCUACUGCUCCCAGACCUGCCCUCCAAACUCACUGCGAUUAAGCCCUUUCUGGAGGGGCGAGCGGUGGUGACAGUGCGGUUGGGCGCGGUUCAGGUGGUGAAGCGGGGCGUGCAGGCGGGGCAGGCGGUGGCAGUGGUGGCGCAGGGGGAGUUUGAGCUGAGCUGGCGAGGGGAAGCGGAGCAGGAGUGGAGAUUACCAGGCAAGGGAGUGAUGCUGUGGGAACCCAGAGAGGCACCGGCUGUAACAGGGUGGCCGGAGGGAGAGACACCUUGGGAAGGGAAGAUGGCUGUUGAUGCUGCUGGGGGAGUUGGCACAGUUGUGGAUGGUGCGCAUGGCCAUCUGGAACUAUGA